GGAAAAAUAAAUAGUGUACAUUACAUUGGUUAUGUCUUGAAAUUUGAUGUUUUUGUAUUGUUUGAUAGUUUAAAAUGCUUGUUUGUAAAGAAAUUUUUCAAAUUGUUAAUCAAUUAUGAUGAAAUUAACUUCUGGAUUCUAAUCUUUUUGCAUUUUGUCAGUAUUAGCUGAAAUUUUGAGUACUGUCUUGUCAACUAGUUUUAAAAUUGUUGUGAAAUGCAGGAUAUUUUUGAGAACAUGGUAUCGGCAAUUGAACUGGGGAGGACAGAUAUAGUAAAAUCAAUUCUUGAUGCUUGUGAUAAUAACGAAGUCAGUUGUGGAAUCGAGGGGCAGUUGACUAAAGAGAAACUUAUUAACGAACCUUUUGAUGUGGACGGAACAACCUUUCUUUCCUUAGCUACAAAGCUGAAUCAGAAUGAUGUAGUGCGAGCUCUACUAGCUGCCGGAGCUGAUCCAAACAUACCUGACAAUAGAGGACUGAUUGCAUUGAAUCAUGCCACCACUCAACAAAUGCAGCAGAUCUAUUUAGAAGAACUUCUCAGAGCAAUUGCCAAUUCCGAAAAAAACAGAGUGAUUCAACUGCUCGAAGCAGGUGUGUUUGUGAACUCAUUUGAUAGUAAAGCGACCAAGAACUCUCCUCUUCAUUGGGCUGCGUGCUACGCGGACAGAGCUGUUGUUGCUUGUCUUAUAAAUGAAUACGGAGCCGAUUACAACCAGGAGAAUGGAUGUGGAGCGACUCCGCUGCAUGAUGCGGUUGUGAGGGGGGACGAAGGUGUCAUUGAAGAGAUGCUGCAAGCCGGGGCCAAAGUGACGGUCAAAGCUACCAAGGGAAAGUACGCCAGGAAGAGUCCUCUCGAUCUAGUCGAAGAGUUCCAGCCGCAUCUCUACCAUAUCUUCCACAAAUACACCAAUCCUUCACCUACCGAUCAACCUAGAGGGUCUAUGCAACUGGUAACCCUGCCUCGUGUGUCGACCACCCGCCCCAUGCCCGCGCCCAUAGUGCACCAGAACAGUCUCCCCCUCAUCGACACCCACCAACAGCCACCCCACCCCUCCAACAACAAGCAACACUCGGCCAACAUCAUCGAAUGUAUCAAUCACCAGAACGCUGCCAUCAGCCACAACAACAACAACAACAGCAACAACAAUGGUGGCGAUGUGAGUUGUGUUGAUCAGCCGACCGGCAAGCCAGCAUCGCCCGGGCCACCACAUGCCUUCUGUCAGGAUGAGAACCCUGUCUGCCUCCCAGGGAUCAUCGCUCGACCUCAGCCCCCGGUUGAAUCAGGUGAUUGAAAACUUGGUGCGCACACAUAUUGGAAGUCCUGUCAGACCACUGGUCACACAUUCCAGUCUUCAUCUGUUAUGGCCGCAACCGCAGAAGAUACUCGAGCUAAGUGGUCCCUCCUUCCUGCCACCCACCCAGUUCCAGAUAUCUGUCACCAAAAGCAGCACUUCAUUUCACGAAAUCCUGGAUGUGUGGGAAGUGCACAGAUCGGUGCUGACGUCACUGGGCUACGACGUGCGAGCCAAGGAGGUGCAGCCGUCGUGUGGCCUGUCGGAUGCGGGCAAUGCUGACAUUGAGUGCACCAUCAACCCCAGCAUAUUCAGUCACCAAGAUGCCUAUCAGAUACAUAUCACUGCCAACAAGAUACGAAUAACAAGCUCGAACAAGGUGGGCCUCCACUACGCACUGUCGACAUUCUCACAGCUGUUGAGACUGGCCGGAGCAGGCAGUGAUAGCAAGGAAUACGUGUCGCUGGUGCCUGUCCUCAUACAGGACUACCCCGCCUUGAAGCACAGAGGGGUACUGCUGGACAUUUCGCCUAUGAGUAGAGUGCCUUCUAUGGAAUAUCUCUUUGAAAUGAUUGAAACAUGGUCUUCCUUGAAAAUUUCACAUAUCCAUCUGUACACCAGGCUAGUAUCUAGCACUGACUGGCAACUCUGUUACAAUCAGAGUACAAUGGUGACUAUCGAUCGUUACUGCCGAGAUCGAUUUGUGAGUAUUUUGCCUGUCAUCGAUGUGGAAGCGUCUGUCACCAUAAAAGACGUGAAAAGCAUGUGGCCAGCAUUCCAGAAAAUAUUAGCCAGUUUUUCAAAUCUUGAGUAUGUUCACAUAGGACCUUGCCUCAGUAAUCUUCUGAUAAACAAUGUGGUGGGUAAGGACAUUUCAAUUCCAGCCUCUCCGCUCACUGUUCAGGAAUUCUGGCAUCUGUUGGCCAUCCCUCCUGAUGUUACCAUAAUGCUUUGCUCCAACAAUCUCCAUGGCGAAGAGCUCAAGACCAUCCACUUUCCUUUAAACAUGGUGCUUGUCGAAUAUGGAUUUCAGGCUGACUACGAUUUCCUGGAAUGGACAGAAGAAUACCACAUACGAGGCUGCACAACGUGUUUGUGUCCGGGUACCGCUUCAUGGAACAGUUUGGCAGGUUGCCCGGAGGCGUCGAUCUGCAACAUCUACAGGGCGACGCAGGCGGUGAUGAGGGUGGGGGGACUGGGAGUGGUGGUGGCGCAUUGGUCUGGAUCCUAUCACCUCACGCCGCAUCCCUUCAGUUGGCCUGGCUUCACUGUCGGCGCCGGCCUCUCCUGGAAUCCCGCAACUCAUUGGGAUUAUCUACAUAACUCGCUGCCAGCGCUACUGGACACUCAUAUAUUUUUGGACAAAGCGUGCUGUGUUGGUGAGAUAAUACUGGAGCUAGGACAUGCGGAGACCUACACUGUGAGAUGCACCAGGGGGCAGGAGAUAGCCGACCUCACCGAUCUGCCUUCGCACACGGGAUCCACCUUCUACCAGCUCCUCACUAAUCCUGACAGUGUUGAUCUUGAUAAUCUUACCUUGGAUAUAUUCACGAAAGUGACAAAGCACAUAAAGCGUUCUCAAAGCUGCCUUCUGCGAGCCAAGCUGUGUUGCAACAUGUCUGACAUGGUGGUGCAGGAGAUGGGGCUGUCCAUCGACCUGAUGCUGACCGCCUGCAAGAUCGGCCGCUGCCUCGUGUCCAUCGGGGUCAACCCCAACAGCAACAUGGGUCUGGCUGUCAUCAAUCUCGGCGUCUCCAAUCUGCCGCCCACCUUCCGUACAGACAUUGCCAACAAGCUGUUGGCUCUUGUUGAACAGUACAAGGGCAUGUGGCGCCAACGACAUCUAGCGGCUGGAUUGCAAAACUCACUCCUCAUUCUGACAUCCACGCUGCGGAGGUUUGUGCCCGAGGAUGAAGUUUAGUUUGCUGUCACAACUUGUUCUCCAAUAUUGAGACUGAUCUAGUUUUAGAAUCGUUGAUUGUUACUGUUGACAAUUUGACAACUGCUAUUGAAGUAGCUCCUCUGUUAUAGCGCUAAAUAUUAGAUCUCGAUGGUUUUCUGCUUUUUCAAAAAAUGACGACUGUUACCAGGGGUCUGGUUUAUAAAACUUGGGAGUUCUGUAGUACACGGAAUCAGCUGGUAUCUUUAUUAAUAUUGUAAAUGUACUCUUAUUGCAUGCUCCAUAGGAAACAAACCAGCUGUUCCUGUAUUGUUUGGUAUUUUAUUAUAAGCCCCCUGAGAGCUUAAAUUCCAUAACAAUUUAACAUAUGAUCAUAAAAUGCUCACACACUAACUCAUAUACAAUAUUACAUAACAGCCGUGCUGUGUUUGUCUAGUAUGUACAUAUCUUAGAAGCAGCUUUUACUUUAUUACAGUACUUCUGAAUUUUUAUGAAACAGACCCCUAGGUCUUUCUUACAGUAUUAGCACAGUCACCUCUAAUAAAUGCAUGCCCAGAGUUGAGAACACUGUGAAUGUAGAUCUAGAAUCAGCUGUCGGCCUCAGCAAGUAAUGCACCUCACAGAAUCAUACCAUGAUGAUAUAAUUAGGUACUGAUUGAACCUACAUUCAUCCAAUUCUCCCGACUCUAAGCCAUCAUUUUAGAAGUGGCUGUGAUAUUAGUCAGUGAUUCUCGGUGAUAAAUGCUUUAUUAUUCGUCAUAAUUAUUUUAAUGUGUUUUAUAUCAAUUGUUUAAUUAUUCUCCAAUACAUUUUUUCAUCAAUUAUAUCUCGAUCCAUUUCCACUUUGUGCUUUCAAUUUAUGAUAAGCUGUGUACAGACAUACGUGCCACAAACAUACGCUGUACGCUUUUCAUCAACAGAUGCUAUGCUUAAUAUAUCUGUACAGAUACAGCAUAUAUCUGUAUGCUAUCCUUAUUAUAUCUGUAUCUCACUGUAACUGUACGGAUACUGUAAGAUUCAGUUAUAAUAAGCAUAGCAUGGUCUGAUGAGAAGCGUAAGGCUACGAACUGAUCAGUCAGGUCGAUAUUUAGCUUUGAGUGUAGGUCGCUGAAUCUAAUGUAACACAAACACAAUGGGUGUGAACAGUUAAGACUCGCUUCACCAUGAUUACAUUCAAAUGCCUCUAUCAUAAACAACUGAUUAGUGGCAUCGAUCGAAACUGAAAUCCACACCGCUACCCAAUCGUUCUGUUUCUACCGUAAUGGUACGAACAGUACGGUUAGGUUGAUAUUUUGUAUAUUUCUGCUCGCUAUUGAUCUUUCAUAUCUAUUAUAUUUAUAUCAAUUACUCCAAAUGUUUUUAUCAUUGCACAACUCUUUAGAAGCAUCAUCGAACUUCACCGCGACUUUCUCGUUCUGUUCGCACCUUAAGGCUUGUUUCCUGGUGCAGCCUCACAACUGUUUUAGUAAGUCUAUACAUAACCAUUAUAAUUGUGAUCCUUUCGAAGUGAUUGUCUUGAUUUUUUCAAUUUAUUACAUUUUCAAGAUGAUUCUGGUAGGUCUUGAACGUAUUUUAAAUCUAUCAUGAAAAUAUUGUAUCAAUUUCUUAAUUAAUUUAGCAGGAUACAAGAAAAUCAAACAAUAGUAUUGUAAUUAAUUGAUAAUAAAUUAUUAUUUCCAUGAAUGAAGUUGUUACACAGGUAGUUUAUUGCUUCUAGAAACUGGUAUGUUGACUUUACCAUAUAACGUAUAUUUUAUAUUAGCUUUCGAAAGAGAAUUUGAUAUGAUGAGGUGCUGCUGUAAUAAAUUAUGAUGUAUGUAUAGGGGUUCCAAAUGAACUCUUGUCUAGAACUGUAGCUGAUAUUAUGAAAAUGAAUAAGUAUUACUGAUUAAAUAUUAUUAUUGACGAGUA